CAGAUAAAGGCGUGAUGUUGGCCCUGAAGCAUCUCCAGAAACAGGUCACUGCCAAGAGCAACCAGGACAUCGCAAGCGCAGCCAACGCUGUCUUCGUCCAGAGGAAGAUGAGGCUCCCAAGGGCCUACGUGAAGAGUUACCGCAAGGCCUUCAACAGCCGCCCAAAACAGCUGUUCUUCCAGGACAGUGCGAAAGCCGCCAGUAUCAUCAACAAAUGGGUCGAAGCACAAACUCGAGGAAUGAUAUCCAGCUUUCUCCGCCCGGACUUGCUGGAUCCACUUCUGACCCGGAUGGUUUUGGUCAAUGCCAUCUACUUCAAGGGACUGUGGAAAAUGCCCUUCACCCCGGAAGAGACCCACCAUCGUACGUUCUACAAAGCCGACGGGACCCAGAUCCAGGUGCCCAUGAUGUCGCUCAUCACCAAACUGAAUUUCAGUGAGAUGGUGACUGCCAGAGGCAUGGAUUACGACGUGAUUGAGUUGCCCUACCACGGCGAGACGUUCAGCAUGUUCAUCGUGGCGCCGUAUCGGAAGACGGACGCGCUCAGCGCCCUGACGGACAUCGUCACUGUCCAGCUGGUCAACGAGUGGAAGAACAGCCUGACCCAGGGCAAACGCCAACUGGUGCUGCCUAAAUUUUCGUUGGAAAACGAGAUCGAUCUCCGAAAACCGCUGGCCCGCAUGGGGAUAGAGGACAUGUUCGAUAGCUCGAAGGCCGACUUCACGAAGAUCAGCAGUAAGUACCUCUUCAUAGGGAGGGGAGGGUCUGCCGCCAUUAUGUAUGGGCGAAUGGCAGUGGAAAAGGUUGUCAUCGACAGGCCCUUCUUAUUCUUGGUGCGACACAACCCUACAGGCACCAUUCUAUUUAUGGGACAAGUUAUGGAACCCUAGAACUAUUGCUGAGUAAAGGCAAUAUGCCGAUAUCAUAUUUGAGAAACUGCGGAGAAACACUGGAGUCGAACUGGUGAAACUAUGAGGGGAGGCCUUCAACUCGAUCGAUGGCCGAUCUGGACUUCCCCAACAUCGGGAACAAUCUUCCUGCAUCUAGCCCUGUCCAACCCCUUAAGA